AUGGUAUCGUUCUUUUCAGUAUUUGUGAUUUUGAUGAGUUUCACUAGCACAACUUUUGGUAGUAGAGUUUCUACUCAACUGAAUUAUCGACCUCCAGCUGAAAAAGCACUUUCCAUCACAGUUGCAAAUGACUUACCUAAUAAUUCAGGAGAGUUACACUUUGUGGUUGUGAAUGACAAACCAAAAUAUGUUUUGAAACAAGGCCAACCUUUGGCUUUCCUAACAAACUUUGUGGCUAGACGAGGUGAAUUGAAAUGGAUAAAACAACAACCAUUAUCUGCAACAUUCAACUUGUAUAAUCCAAGUGCUGAAGGUGAUCAUAGAAAAAUAUAUUGGUCAGUUAGGGAAGAUGGUGUAUAUCAUAGUUGGGAUAAUGUUAAUUUUAACAAAAAUGUAAACUGGAGCACUUGA